AUGACAAUACUUGGGAAGUACCCCGAGGCGAAACUUUCUGGCGAUCCUUUGCAGGAAUCUCAUCGGAAUGGGUCUGCCCGAAGCACUCCACAGCAACAAGCCACUACACAGCAGCAGCAACAACAACGUCCGCCUCUGAACAUGGAGCGGCUUUGGGCAGGCGACAAAAGUCAGUUGCCGCCCCAAGCACAAUCAGGCAUGGACUCGGGCGCCCUAAACUUGAGCGUGCAGCAUUGGUCGCCGCAAGACGGGACGACUGGGCACGAGUCUUUCCAUCCGGCGAGUCGAGUGCCGAGUCACGAAAUCGGCGCCCACGAAGAGGAAGACGACGAACAGCCCAUGGUUUGCAUGAUCUGCGAAGACAAGGCCACUGGCCUUCAUUACGGCAUCAUCACUUGCGAAGGAUGCAAAGGCUUCUUCAAAAGGACAGUACAAAAUAAGCGCGUGUACACGUGCAUUGCUGACGGGAACUGCGAGAUCACCAAAGCGCAGCGGAACAGAUGUCAAUACUGUCGGUUCCAGAAAUGUCUGCGACAAGGAAUGGUUCUUGCUGCUGUGCGCGAGGAUCGAAUGCCUGGUGGCAGAAAUUCAGGGGCUGUGUACAACUUGUAUAAGGUGAAGUACAAGAAGCAUAAGAAGUCGCCAAAGAAUGGCCAGUUGAAAGGUGACGUCAACGGAGGGAAAGGGGGCAUGAUGCACCAAGGCGGAAAACUGGGCAAUUUCGUGUCUCCAAUCUCAGCUGAGCAGUCGCCCAUGGGUGGCCCUCUUCCACUUUCGAAUGGCAAUAUUCUCAAGACAGCUUUGACCAAUCCUAGUGAGAUAAUCCGUCUGCGUCAGCGACUUGAUGCCGGAUCGUCAGUGACGAGCAGUAGUAGUGCAAGCAGUGGUGGUGGCAGUCCUCACAGUGGGCCCAGCGGAGAUCACAGGUUCUCCCCACCGGCGCCACCUCCGCACACGAUACAGCCUCCAGUUCAUUUGUCCCACCCUGGUUACUUGAACAGCCCGAGUCCCGUCAAACUCGAACGCAGUGCAAGCGCGGAAGCAGCUGAUGCAUUAAUUCAGCAGCUGUUGUCGUGUGACGAUUUCGAGGAUAUUGCCACGCUUCGGAACAUUGACGAGCUGUUGGACAAUGAAUCUGAGCUGUCGUCCAAACUGUGUCAGAUCGGCGACUCAAUCGUCUACAAGCUUGUUCAGUGGACGAAGCGCUUACCCUUUUAUUCCGAAUUGCCGGUUGAAGUGCAUACAAAGUUGUUGACUCAGAAAUGGCACGAGCUUCUGGUCCUGACGACUUCGUCUUAUCAAGCAAUUCAUGGGGCCAACCGACUGGCUUCAACGUUGUCGGACGGCACCGAGGCUCAUUUCUCACAAGAGGUGUCAAACAACCUUUGCACCCUUCAGACCUGCCUGACCUCCAUGAUGGGGCGUCCUAUAAGCAUUGACCAGCUGCGAUCUGAGGUCGGCACAAUGGUGGAGAAGCUGACGCAAGUCACGAUGAAUCUCAGGCGUUUGCGAAUUCGCCCUCAAGAAUACGUGUGCCUCAAAGUUAUUGCCAUGCUGACUUACGGUAAAGGAGCGGAAGAGACGAAUACGGUACUCGACACUAUCCGAGAGAGAUACCUAUUGUGCCUGAAAACGUUCUGUGAGAGUUAUUUCCCGCACCAGGCGUCCAGGUUCACCGAUUUGCUAGUCCGACUACCUGAGGUUCAAUCUGCGGCAAGUUUGCUGUUGGAAAGCAAAAUGUUCUACGUGCCGUUUUUACUCAACUCAACGAUCAGACGGUAGCUCGUGAGAAAGCUUCUCAAGUCCCGUCGCCGGAGCCUUCUUCCUCGUCGGUUCUCGGAUUCUCGCCUUGCGUCCGAUACAAGCGGCGCUUCUGUCCGCUAUUUUUCGCGGAUCCGACUUUGCGCUAUUUUUUCUUCUCGCCGAUUGUGAGGAGAGCCUUUGUUAUGCGCAGAUUUAUCUCUUUUUUUUCGCGAGACGAUUGGCUCAAGCUAUUUUUCUACUUUCAUUUCCGUUGUUUUUCGUGACAAAAAGUGACGGAUCUCCUCCGACUGCAUUGAGUACACGCUUCCUCUCGGUUUCUGCUCUCACACAUCCGCGAUUAUUUUGGAGAAACCUUAAUUUAUUUUGCGUUUUGUCCUCGACGUUUGAGAGCUUGAGACUGGAGGAUCAUUCCUUUCAGUCGCGCUCCUUCGUCCGAGACAAGGUCUAGCGGUGGUUCUAAGUUACCCAUUUUUCAAUUCGUUUUGGUCUGCACUCAUCUCGAGUCGUCCCGUAGUUUGAGUUCCGUUGGCGCUGUAAGGCUGAAGUGUACGAUGAUCUCUACACUCGGAGGGGACAAGUUUAAUUUAUUGAUUGCCAAAGAAGGUUUUGGUGCCGACGGGAUCCCUUGAACUCGAGAGCCAUCUCGAGCGCUCCGGCGAAGGAAUUCUGCCUUGGAUAGGUCGUAGAUUCUAAUUUUUUUCUCGAAUGAGUCGGGAGCAAAGUAUUACAGAGAGUGGGAAGUUUGUUGUUUUCUCGCCAUUUAACACUGGUGGGCGAGAUUUUUUUUUCGCGUCGAAGCUAGUCGUAUUGUUUUGUUUUUGUUUUGCACGGUCCCUGAACUCGGUUCUAUGCGUAACGUGUACAGAGCAGGAGAGAUUCGUUUAUUCAUUUUCCUCGAAAGAAGGAGCAAUUCACGAGAUUUUUUUUGUUCCACCCGCGAUGAAAGCGGGACAACCAGUUGGCACAGACGAGCAGAAAAUAUUCGCCCGUGUUUGUAAAUUUGUAAGAAAGUUAGAGCAAAACUGUUCGUUGUUGAUUUGCUUUAAUGGAUACUGAGUAUAAUCAUGCGUUUUUUUUUCGCCUUGCGCUGCUUUGGUGUUGUUUUGACGAAACGUUCCUGUUCCCUUUCUCGAGUCUUCCGCUGCGUCUCUCAAGAUCUGAAUCCCCGUUCCCCUGUUUUUUGCCUUUUUCUACGUGAUUUUCUACGAAUUUUUCUCUGGGUGAAAAUUGCACUGCCGGGGAGCACAGGGGAGCUCCCGUGGAAACGAAGGAUUUCUUCCUUUUUCUGUCUCGUGUGUGGGAUUCGCUCAAACCACUGGUCGCUUUGUCGCCAGCGUGACGUGGAACGGUUCUCGAGUGAUCUCGGGAAGUUCAGAAAGCUAUAUAUUCUUUGGGGAAGAACUUUUAUUUGCCUGGGAAUAAAAAGAGGAGGAACUGGGAAAGAUUUCGUCCAACCUUUCUUCCCGGAAGAUAUUUUAGAAUCCGCCGGGCGGGGCGGAGAGAUUUCUAAUCUGGAUUUCAGACUGAGCAUAAUAGCAAAUUAGAAGGGGAAACGAUUUUUUUUUUAUUGGCUGUUGUGAGCUGUUGGACUCAUGUAACCCAUUUUAGAGGAUCAUGUUAGUAGGGCAAGCAGAAAAUUCGCCGGCUUUCUUCUGCUUCCACUUGCUGAUUUUUAUGUGAUGACGUUGAUGUGUUCUGAGCGGGGCUCCUCGCUCGCACCUCCUUGGAUCCGCGUCGUUAGCAAUUAUCUCUCUCUCUCUCUCUUUAUCCGCCUGCGUUCGGAAAGCUGGUGUUCGCGGUUCAUUCAUGAUUUCUCUCCAGGCAGAGCUGGUGUUUUGGCGAUUGAUCGAAACUUGCAAGUUGCAACUGAUGAAGAUCCAUGUUUCGUUACAGCAGUCGAGUUCUAAUCGUGGGAUUUCAGCGCACCGCCAAUUGGUUAAUUCGAAUCUUAUCAGCGAGCUUCUGAUAAAAAUAGUCAAAUCAGCCACGUGAGCCUGGGGAGAAAAUCGGUUCCACUACAAAAAAAAAAAAAAAAAGAAGCUGCAUUUUUGUUCGCUGCCGGAGAGCCAUGAAGCCAUUGAUGAUAUCCUUUUCCCGACGGCACUGCGCGGAGUCGGUGAAUGUGUACAUUUGUCACUAGUCGCGUGGAUUUCGUUUUUUGCAGAAGUUUUGGACGACGGUCUUUUGAGUUACCGAAAAUAGGAUAAACGCAAACCUCGAAAUCGGCUUUCUUGGCUUUUUUGUUGUUGUUGUCUUGUGCCCUGUCGCCGGAUUUUUAGUCGUUUUCUCGUUGGGGGAGUUUUUUUUUCAGUGUCAUAUUCAGCGCUUUGCGUAUUGGUGGGAUAGAAAAUCAGAGCUUUGGAGAAUUUCUGGUUCGCAAGUUUUACGCCAAAUCGGUUUUAUGCUUUUUCGGUCCCGCAACUGCAAAUGUGGUGGCAUCAGCGGAUUCGGUUUCCAUCAAGCGACAUUUUGUUUGUUUUCCCCCCUCCCCGUUGAGGUGCCAGUCUUAGAAGAAUAAACGCUGCGUGAGAAAUUUCGACAUGGUACUGCGCGCAAGUGGCUCAUAUCACGAUUUUCGAUUCGCCCCGCCGCGGUUCAGCGACUAGGGUCUCUCCUGUGAUCGGUUCAUCCUUCCCGACGGCAAUUCCUUUUUCUUUUUUUGUUUCGUUUUUAUUUCGCGGCUUCGUUCGUGUCGGCGGAUAUUGAAGUGUUGCGGUGGCUCGUCGACGUUAGUGGCGCCUCGUCGGAAGGUGUAUUUUUUAUUUCUUUUUUUUCGGGGUACCGCUGUUCACUUGAACGAUUUCUUCGCUGAAAUAUGUUGUCCUACUGAGUGGGUCCAAGUUUUUGACGUUUGAUUUUGAUUUUUCCUUCUCGCGAGUGAUAGGAGAGGGAGUUUUUUGAAUCAAGUAAAGGAAAGAAAAAAAGAAAUUUGUGAAUUCGUGUUUUUUCUUCUCAGAACAUGUUCUUCCUUAUUGCCCAGAUGUUUGGUCCAGUAUAGAUAGAAAGGUUUUUUUUUU